GGUAAUAAAGCCCUUUUUUUUGUCUAGUUGGUCAAUGUUUAGUAAUUUAGACACAAGGAGACAAUUAAAUCUUAUUCCUUCUCCUACAUUGGAACCUACUCCAUCUUUACUCGAUCUUACAUUUCAAAUGCAACUCAAAUGGGGAAUUCGUGGGAGAUGAAUUUUUUCUUUCUUUCUUUAACAUCCAUUAAUUCUUGAGUUUGAACUAAAACCCAGAUCAAGCAACACAGAUUUGUGAAGUAGUAUUUAUGUUAUAAGUUUCUAAUAAGUUUGGAGCUUUCUAGUUUCUUCUGAGGACUUUGAGUGCAGUUUACGAAAAGAUUGUAUUUUAUGAACUGGGUGCUUCUCUUUUCUUGCUAAUUCAUCUUAGACUGUGAGCCAUGCUGCUGGUUGACAGUCUUGAAGCUUCCGGUGGUGAAAUUGCGGAAAAAGAUGAAUCCAGAGGAGGGUGUUUCUGUAACUUAUUCUGUACUCCGUUUUAUUGGCUCAAGAUGCUUGCAAAUGAGACACAUUGGAGCUUAGUGUUUGGUGUGGUGACUGUGUAUGGAGUUAGUCAAGGAAUUGGUGGAGCUUUUAGUCGUGUGGGAACUGAUUAUUACAUGAAAGAUGUUCAAAAAGUGCAGCCUUCUGAAUCACAGAUUUAUCAAGGAAUCAUUUCAAUUCCUUGGCUUGUUAAGCCUAUCUGGGGCCUUCUCACUGAUGUUCUUCCUGUUAUCGGCUACCGGAGGCGGCCUUAUUUCAUUUUUGCUGGUGUCCUGUUCUGGAAACAUGUCAGAAACUUGGCGUUUCGGACACCAAACUUCAUUUUUAACAUCGGAAACCUUAAAAUUACAAUGUUUUCGCAUAUCCGGAUCCCUUUUUCCUGUAUCCGUGUCCGUGGAUUGCUUGGUGUGGUUUCCAUGCUUCUGUUGUCAUUACAUGAGAAUCUGCAUCUUGCAUUCGCUAUAUUAUCAUUGACAGCUGGAAGUGCCGGUGUAGCCAUAGCAGAUGUGACUUUAGAUGCUCUUGUUGCGCAGAAUAGUAAUACUCAUCCUUUGCUGGCACCUGAUUUGCGAAGCUUAUGUACUUUAAGCUCAUCAAUUGGAGCUCUUUUGGGGUACUCUAUCAGUGGUGUUUUUGUCCACCUGAUCGGCUCUAAGGGUGUGUUUGGUUUGCUGACAAUCCCAGCUGGACUUGUCCUUUUAGUCGGGAUUUUGGUCGAUGAGCCUGCCAUGCUUAAUUUUGACUACAGACAGGUAAACAAGAAGUUUAUUGAUGCUGGUAAGACUAUGUGGACAACAUUAAAAUUCCCUGAUGUGUGGAGACCAUGUUUAUACAUGUACUUAUCCUUUGCUUUGAGUGUAAAUAUUCAUGAAGGAACGUUUUAUUGGUAUACAGAUUCGAAAGGGGGUCCGUCUUUCUCCCAGGAGAUGGUUGGUUUCAUAUUUGCAGUUGGUUCAGUUGGAUCUCUCUUAGCAGCGAUAAUAUACCAAAACGUACUAAAAGAUUACCCUUUUCGGGAUCUGCUAUUCUGGAGUCAAUUGUUGUUAGGUUUAUCCGGAAUGUUAGAGUUGAUAGUGGUAAUGCGGUUAAACUUGAAAAUGGGGAUACCAGAUUACGUCCUGAUUGUGAUUGACGAGUGUGUGUUUCGUUUGGUCAUAAACCUCAAGUGGUUGCCACUUCUCGUGCUGAGUUUGAGGCUAUGUCCGCCGGGUAUAGAAGGCACAUUCUUUGCUGUACUCAUGUCAAUUGACAAUCUUGGAGUUCUUACAUCUUCGUGGGGAGGAGGAAUUUUACUCCAUUUAUUGAACGUGACUCGUACGAACUUUGAUAAUCUGUGGUUAGCGAUAAUAAUAAGAAGCAUAUUGAGAAUAACUCCGCUCUGUCUGAUAUUUUUGGUUCCGGGAGGUGAUCCUAAAGCUUCGUUACUUCCGAGUGAAAUCAGAAAUGAAGAUCCUGACGAUGAGAAUAUUGAAUUGGUAUCGCUUGUACCAAGUGUUGAUAGUAAAUAGCUUCUUUCUUCAUUCAGAUAGUUGACAUUAGAUUUCUUGCAAGCAGCCUUGGCGUGAUACUAAUAUACAACUUUUAACAAGAUUAAUUACUGAUACUACAUUUGAUUCCUUCAUUGUUGAGUUGAUAGUUGAAAUUAGAAGAGCAACAUUUUCGGAUAAAGGAUAUUUGAUUUUAGCAUUCAGUAGGUCAUAUUGUUACGAUUUCUUGUAUACUUGGAAGACACUGCUUGUAAUGAAGAAACAACACAAGGUGAUCAUUCAGUUUUAGGUUGUGUAGAAGAA